AUGAUUUGCUCUAGGAAUGGACUCAACGAAAGCUUAGUUUGCUUAAACUCGGGCAAAGAUAAUGCUCUGUGCAAAGGAACUAGUUACUGCUACCAUCUAGUAUAUUCGGCAACAAGCGGUAAAUUUCAAGAAUAUGGGUGCGAUUUACCGCAGAAUCAUCAAGCAGUCGCGAUGCCAUAUGUACCAGUUCAUGGGAACAACAAACUAUGUUACUGUGGUACGCCACAGUGUAACGAGCAGUGGAUCGUUGACAGUGCAGUCCGGGCAUUCACAUCUGGUCAGAUACUGCACCUCAUAAUUGGCCUUUCGCUUCUUAUCGUGUCAUGGAAUAUUCUUAUAAGUUACGCCGUUUCAUGCCUUAAAAAGACACCGAUCAACUGUUCGCUACUAAGCCGUUGGCGGACUUUAGGCAGCACUGAAAAAUGCUGCACUUUGUUCUUUUCGACUGAGUCUAUCUACUUCACCCCCGGUUGCUGA